AUGUGCGUGUGCACUGUAGCGAUUGAGACAAGCAAGGCGAUCGAGGGCGUCCAGAUAGAGUACGUAGACAUCAAACUGUUGCCGCUGCUCAACACCGAUCUAGAGAGCGAGGGGCGUUUUCCACCUGCCGUCGAAGCUUUUCGUCAGAAGAUUCGGGAAGCCGAUAGCAUCCUGUUUGCUUCUCCCGAGUACAAUUACUCCAUCGCCGCACCUCUAAAGAAUGCAAUUGACUGGGCAUCCAGACCUCCAAAUGUAUGGGCUGAUAAUGCUGCUGCAAUUGUAAGUGCCGGAGGAGACUUUGGUGGUGGACGAUCCCAAUACCAUCUUCGCCAAGUUGGGGUUUUCCUUGACCUUCAUUUCAUUAACAAACCUGAGUUUUUCUUGAAUGCAUUCCAGCCUCCAGCAAAAUUCGACAGUGAUGGCAACUUGAUUGAUGAACAGUCCAAGGAGACGUUAAAAAAAGUUCUGGUAUCCUUGCAGGCAUUUACUUUGAGACUCAAAGGAAAGUGAAUAGAGGCUUCUAUCCUGUUUCAAACAGCUAACUUCUAAGUCAUUCGGGAGGUUGCUAGAUUUGAACUUAGAGCAAGGAGGAUUAAGACAACUCUGAACUUUGUGUAAUGGCUUGAACCUUGCAUGUGCAAGGAAGAUGCUGAAGUUAUAUGUGAUCCUUAGACUAAAUUGUGUGACUUAAGCUCUGCCAUGCAUCUGGCAUUGCAAGUGUUUGAUGGUGCAUGUUGUGAUUUGUUUCUCUGUC